AUGGCGAGCAGGACGGCGGGGCGGGGCGGGAGGCCGCUGCUGGGCGGCGGCGCCGGGGGCGGGAGGCGCGGGAAGCCAUCCAAGGCGAUCAUGGCCGCGCUGCUGCUGGCGUCGGUGGCGCUGCUGCUCCUCCUGGCGCUCGGCGCGCUCUCGCUGCCGGCCGGCUCCGGCCGCGGCGCGGUCCUCUCGCUCCCGCGCCCGCGCUUCCGCAGAUCCGCGUUCGAGUCGAGGCUGGAGAAGCGCGGGGAGAAAGGGGAGCCGUGGACGGAGGUUCUGUCGUGGGAGCCACGGGCGUUCAUCUACCACAACUUCCUCUCCAAGGAAGAAUGUCAAUAUUUAAUUUCAUUGGCAAAGCCUCACAUGAAGAAGUCGACCGUGGUUGAUUCUGCAACUGGAGGGAGUAAAGAUAGCAGGGUGCGAACGAGUUCAGGAACAUUUCUUAAAAGAGGCCAGGAUAAAAUUGUUCGCACCAUUGAGAAAAGAAUAUCAGAUUUCACCUUCAUACCUGUAGAAAACGGAGAGGGCCUUCAAGUUCUCCACUAUGAGGUUGGACAGAAAUAUGAACCUCACUUUGAUUACUUCCAUGAUGAUUUCAACACCAAAAAUGGGGGCCAGCGUAUAGCCACUGUUCUUAUGUAUCUUUCGGAUGUUGAAGAGGGCGGUGAGACCGUGUUUCCUUCUGCUAAAGUUAAUAGCAGCUCAAUACCAUUUCAUAAUGAGCUGUCUGAAUGUGCAAAGCGGGGUAUAUCGGUCAAACCGAAGAUGGGAGAUGCAUUGCUUUUCUGGAGCAUGAGGCCUGAUGGAACCCUGGAUCCCACAAGCCUCCAUGGUGGUUGUCCAGUGAUAAAAGGUGACAAAUGGUCAUCUACAAAGUGGAUUCGUGUUCAUGAGUACAAAGUUUAG